CCCGCCGCCGCUUUUAGGGCCGCGUUUGUGGGGGGGGGCCGGGGAAGCGCCGCCGUUGGCACGGCUGACAUUUGCCAUGCGCAAACAACAUGUACUUCAGCAAACAAUUCAACCUUUCCGCAUCCCCGCAGCCUGCUGGAAACUUGAUGGGCUAUUUUUCUCUUCUCCUCUUUCUCCUCUUGUUUAUAACCGACGCUAUCGCGCCUGCACGGCUCCCUCAAUUUCAUUAUCUCUUCCUCCCAGAUGGCCCGUAUCGUUCCCUCCUUUGCAGGGUUUCUCUCUGCGCUUGCCUCUGCUCCUUCCCCUGCUCUCCACAGCUCUCCAUCCCUCCCCCUGCUCACAGGUGAGCCUUUUCCAGCGGCCUUUCCUCCAGCGGCGCUUCUUACCUAACAGCGAGUCCCUUCCCCUCCGAAGACGACACCGUUUGCCAUGCUGCUUAGACCAGGGGGCACCGAGUUUAUUGCUUUGCUACAGCCUCAAACUUCUUACAAGCCAGAAAUGUGGGCAGGGCUCUCGGAGAGAUUAUCAUUUUCCUAACCUCAGCCAGACUGCAAACCAGCCCGCAACCCACCUUCUUCCCCUGAACAAGCAGCAUGCUUCGCUAACCACGGAAACUUCAGCAACACGGAGUCGCUGCCUUGAUAUUCCCGGCAAGGCACAGCAUGGCACGGCACGGCACGGCAUGGCACGGCAGCAAUGCUUUAGCCCCAUUCCUGGGUGGAUGUCUCUCUCUUGGAAGGAACAGAACUUCAGCCUGGAGCCCACCCCUGCUGCGUCGCUCAGCAUCCUGGGAGAGGAUGAACACGUAGAGUUUGGAGGCCGAGGUCUCAUUUAAAUUAGGCUAAAAAAUUAACACCCCAUUUAUAGGAAUAAAGGAUGCUCCUGGUGCCUACAGAUAUUGCUUUAUUUAGAGACUGUGGUGGUAGAGGACUUUUAUGUACAGCAAAUAAUAACUGUCUUUAAUUAGCUUUAUUUACACAGUAGAUGUCAACGUUGAACUCUCUAAAUUAAAAGGGCAGAAUGUCCUUAGUGGAAAAAGUGAUUUUUGAAGCCUUACAACUUAAAAACAGCAGGAAGGUUUUUGCUCAGGCUGCCUGGGGAGAAAAAUCACCUUUGGCUCAACAAAACAGGAAGAAUUUCAAGCCCACAGCAGAAGUUUUUCAAGAAACUAAUGAAAAUGGAGGAUUAUAGUUUAAACUGUUUUGCAAUCGCUGGCCUCAAUCCUGCACUUUUCAGACACGCUUAACUUUAUAUACAUGGUUAGUUUUCCUGACCUGUACAGGAUUAUUUACAUGUGUAGAUAUAAGUACAUGCUUGAGUGUUUACAGAGUGGAUUUUAAGCUACAGCAUUUGUUACUGAAAAAAAUGACAUUAUGUCAAGAUCUCCAUAAUUGGCUCAUUGAGAAUCUUUAUGUCAGGAAAAAAAAAAAAAAAAAGCUGAGAAAUUCAGGAAUUAAGAUUCUUGAGGCAGUCUCAGAUCUGCUCCUUCAUAUGAAUAGGAUCUUUUUUUUUGUGCCAGAUCACAGCACUGGGCCACAAAACUUAUUUAUCAGCUUUAUAUAAAAACCCGACACCUUUAUA